AUUUAAUUUGAAUGAAAUUUUAGUUAAAUUUCGAUUAAGAUGCGAUGAAAUUAGAAUUUAGAGUGAUAAAAUAUUCUAGUAGUAGAAUGAAAUUGCGAAAAUAACCCUAACCGCCUCUCUAUAUUUUCAAAACAACACCUAAAACCCCACAUUGCGCAGCACACACCGCACCACCUUUCUCUAAUUUGUACAUAAAGUGGUGUAAACCCUUGGGUUCUGUUUACCACGCGAAGUUCCAAACACAGACGCGCGUUUUCAACAACAUCAACGAUUCGCCGGAAAAAUGAUAGACGCAGGAGCCGCGUCCCUUGCCGUCGUCUACUCCGACGGUAACCGCGAGAUCAACGUUGGCACUGUCGUGGUGGACCCCUCGCUCAACUUUAAGAGUCUGCUCUCGCUCCUAAGCCAGAUGAUCGGGAUCUCCCCUCACCAGUUCUCCGUAUACCUCGCCGCCGUCGAAACCGACCGGAAAAUUCCUAUUACCGCCAAGGUCAACCUCGCCGCCGUGCGCCGAGAGGCUACGGGGCACUACUUUUUCGUCAAGCGCUCCAAGCGCGCGAAGAAGGCGUCUGCGAACGCAAAGAAGAAGCCGCCGGAGAAAGUCAUGCUGCUCCGCCGUGCCUCCGCCGGAGAUCCGCCUUUCAAUACGACGUUCGCGCCGCCGAUUCUCGGUCGCGCUGACUACGAGCAAAGAUUGAUGAAUUUUCAGAUGGAGAGAGACUCCUUUCGGAUGAAUAUGAGCACCGCAAUCAACGGCGUCGCCGUCGGGAGAGAAUCACUGAGAACCGUUCCCGCCUCCGCCGCCAUUUGCGAAGACUGUUUGAAGGCGAAUACGGACGGAAUCGACGCUGCUUUUCACCUGUGCGUGCUCGAUUCGGUGACGGUAGGGUUCCGGUCGUUGGCGGGACCAAUUUCCCGGCCGGCGAAAAUUGCCGGUGAAGACGGCGCCUAAUUUCUGUUGGCGGUUCGGUUUUUUGUUUGCCUCCGACCUUAAGUGAAGAAUUGUGCAUAAAAAAAGGAAGGGAUAAUGAUCACGUGUGGAGGGGUAUACGAUAAGGCAAACGAGGUAGAAAGAGAGAGCGUGUGAGCCAUACAUUUUGAAAACUCUGGUUUCUAUUUAUUAUUCCUUAUCCACUCUAAUUGUUGUUUUUAUUCAAUUCUAUAAUUACCGGAUUAUCUCAUCACCUUAAUGAUGAUAUAACUUUUAUUUUCAUUGAAAUAUGAAAUAUGAUGGGUUUUGAACCUUUUGCA